UCUACGGAUCUUUCUUGUCUGUAUGCAAGAGCAUAAUAAGCUAUAAGCUUUGAUUGGUGGUCAUCAUAAAAGAAGGAUAUGCUCUAGGCGAUUGCUCAUCUUCAGGUGUUAGCUCGUGCUCGUCUCCGAUGAACACGAGUGAGCUGUAGCCUGUAGUUGACCAUGACCAGACACGUGUAGUGAAUUCAAAACACUAGCCUUUCUUGCUUUGGGUAGUAAACAUCUCUAGGCCCGUGUUCUGUUGCAGGUAUACUCGCGUCCUUUCCUCUUCACACGCGUCAUCAUACGAUGACCAAUGUACAAUAAUCGAUAUUAUGGUAUAAAUAACCCGUUUGGAGGUCUUGGAUGGUCAGUUGUCGUCAAGAUUUGCGGAAAGAAGCAACACUUUGUCGGUUCAGAGCAAUUCAAGAUUCCAAGUAAAAGAUGGGAUAUUAUACUGUUUUACCUGGCAGUCGGCCUGAAGAUAAUGACAUGAUUCUAUACGGUGAAAACGCUGAAGACAUUCAGACUGUCAUGAAUUCAACCCCAAGAGAACUAGAAAAUGAUGCGGGAGAAAAUCCCGCAGAAAUAAGUGAAAUUUUAGUUAUCUCAUCCGCGGAUUUAACGCCAAUCCCAGAAGAUAAUUAUAAUAUUAACGAAAGAGUUGUUGGAAUUGCGGAUGAUGACGAAGUGCAAAUCCUCGUGCGCUCGGAGUCAAGAAUCCCUGAAGUUGUUGAAAUUGAGGAUGAGGACGAGGUUGAUGUUAUUGCGUCAACCAGCUCAUCGCCAAACAGCAGUCGUUUUUGGUCUCAGACAUGCAGCAAAUGCAAGCAAAUCAGGAGAGGGCACAAGUGCCCUUUCAAAAAUUCAAGUGUUACUGUUGUCGAUGUUCGUGAGAAACCAACCGGCAGAUCGGGUACUGCAUCCAAAAGAAAACGAGUUGAAAAUGAUGAAUCAUUUGAUACCACCUGCGUUACUGUUGAAGAUGCGGAACUGAGCGAUAUUCAAAUGAGCGCGCCAACCAGCUUCCCUUCUGAGAACGACGUCACCAUUGCGAGUACGCGUACUGCGCGUACGGCAUCAAACCGAGGAAGUCUUUCUCUGCUAGCCCAAAGAGAUGAAUGUAAUGAGUCUUCUGAUCUCGACUGGAGAAUUUCUUCAUGCGAUGAACGCGAGGGUGCGCCCCAAAAGAAAAAAAGGAAAAUUAGUUGUUGCAGUUAUUGUGGCGCAAUUUUGAAAGGCCAUAGAGUAAAUGGCCAAUGUCCACGCAAAAUAAUGGAUGAACAAAAAAGGCAACUAUCUGGAACCCCUACAGUAAUUAUAUCGAAAAUUUAAACGUAAUUGCUUGGCUGCUCGAUCAGUUCAUCGUCUAAUUAGUGCAAUUAUAGGAUAUAGAGCAUGUGAAAAAGGAUGCAACUUUAUUUUUCCCACGCUUUUACAGUAAAUGUUUUUUAUUGUAGCCUAUUUUCUCCUUGUCGUCUAAACGCAAAGUUUUAUUUAUGUACGUGAUGUAAUUUAAAUUUUUAAUCACACUUUUUAAUUUCAAUACAAUGUUAAACUUGUUAAAAAUACCAUUUUGCUUG